CUAUGCAUGUCCUCUAAGAAAACCACUCACUUCCUUCAGUUAUUGAAAGUAUCAGUUAGAAAUCCACCAAAACUUCGGCUUUCACUUUGGGUAUUUACAAAAUUCUGCUUGCAAUGGACAACACAGGAUAUGAACUACACGAAGAAACACCUCAAACGUCCAGAGCCCAAACGGAGAGGAUAAAACAAGAAUGUCCUGUGGAGAAAAAGAGUCACUGGUCCAUGCUUAAUGUCUUUCUGAUUUGCCUCUUGGCCUCCACGAUAACCACAGUACUGGGAGUGCUGAUUGUGUCCCUGGUCUGUGCCAAUAAAACGGGCUUCCAGCCCCAAUCAAAUAAUGAAGGGAGUGCACAAAAGCGUGACACAGAUCCCCAGAAAACUCCAAGGAUAUCUCCAUACAAACCCCAAGUGGACCCAAAAUUCCAGUUUCUCCAUCAUCUCACCAAAUCAAAGAGACAUGAAUUCCCCGGUGGGACUAUUCAAUGGGCAAGGUUUCGGAAGAACGCCAAGGAAUAUCAGAAUGAGGAAGAGAUGGAGUUUGGAAGAAGUAUCAACAGUCAACGGUCCAAAAUGAUGUUCGGGACUCUAAACAUCAAGAGCAAAGGGUUGCGUGCUCCACACUGGCAUUUCAAUGCUAAUGAACAUGGCUACCUCCUAAAGGGCAAUGUUUGGAUUGGAGUGGUCGAUGCUGGUGGAAAUACGGUCACCACAUACAACGUUACUGCAGGCCAGGUUAUUUUCUUCCCUCGAAACACAUUGCAUUGGAUCAAGAAUGUUGGUGCAGAAGAUUGCAUGUUCUUGCUGUUUUUCACAACCCAUGAAGAGCUUCAAACUCUGGAUGUGGAUGACACAUUCUUCUUAACACCAGAAGAUAUAGCAGCAAGGUCACUAAAGCCUCAAGGUGGAGUGGACUUCAUCAGGUCAUUCCAGAAACAGGCAGAAGAUCAAGCUGUCAAUCUUCCCCCCAACUUAGCAGAGCUUGUUCAGAAACCCAGCUAUGAGCAGUCUGCAGAUAAUCUCGUAUGGCGUUACUUCUUUGAUCUCAAAGGAUCAACUGAGUUCCGUUUUCCAGGAGGAAUAAUCCAGUGGGCUCGGUAUGUACAAGAUGGAAAAAACUUGAAGCCCAAUGAAGUAACUUACAGUGAGUUUCUCCAUUCAAAAGAAGAUACCCUUACCUUGGGAACUCUUCGGAUCUAUAGCAAUGGUCUCCGCCAACCCCAUUUUCAUUUCAAUGCCAACGAGAUGGGAUAUGUCAUCAGUGGAUGUGGAAAGGUGGGUGUUAUUGCUUCACCUGCACUUACCACUGACUUCACCAUUGGUGUCGGAGACGUUGUGUUUUUCCCAGUCGGAACCCAACACUACAUCAAAAGCACAUGUGAUGAGGAUUUGUUUUUCAUUUUGGCGUUCAGCACUGGAAACCAGUUGCAAACUCUUGAUAUGGACGACUAUUUCCAUGCCACAGCGGACCACAUCCUGGCCCAGCUUUUCCUUAAAAAGCAAGAUGAAUUUAAGAAGAUCCCAAGGUUUAAAGAAGAUCAGGCAAUUAAUCUACCGUAACAACUUGUACAAAUGACGAGCUUGUGCAAAAAGGCCUUCAUGAAUUCACUGAUUAUGAAUAAUGUUAA